AUACGUGCGCGUUCUUGAGUGCGCUCGGAACAAGUAGAGGACGACGAGGCUUCACCGAGGGCUUGCAGCAGUACUGUGUUUUCCUCUAGAAACAGGCCCGUCAUUCACUCUGUUACACAUUUAACAACAUUUCACCAUGAGAAGGAAGCUGUUCGGCGCAAUUGUCGCCAUUUGUAUCGGCUGGUUCCAAGCCGAGGCUUUUACAGCGGGCUUCAUAAAAUCACCCUUGUCUCAGAUGAAACUCAUAGAAGACAGUGCCGAGCUGGAUUGUGAGGUCAUAGGGAACCCCAUCCCUGAAGUUCAGUGGUGGUUCAUUGAGGGCGAGGAGCCAGAUGAAACAGUAACUCAGCUGUUUGACGGUGCAAGAGAGGAUCGUGUACGCGUCAACGCCACCUAUAUUCACCAUGCCACCAGCACGCUCUUCCUUACCAACCUAAUGCUCAACGACACGGGCAUUUACGAGUGCCGCGCCUCAAACGACCCUGACCGCAACGACCUCAGGACCCCGCCCAAAGUCAAGUGGAUUCGCUCACAAGCAAACGUUAUAGUAUUUGAACAUCCAAACAUCAUAACCAGUCCAACGAUGGUGAGCAAUCUGACUUCUGCAACUCUCAGCUGCAACAUUACCAACCCUCCUUCUCCCAUCAAAGGCCACUACUGGACCAAGAAUGGCAAGACUAUUGAAAAAUCAGAGUCCACCAGUGACAGCCCUUACACUGAAUACCGCAUUGAAAAGAUUGAUUACCACCAUUCUGGACUAUAUGUGUGCGUCUUCCAGUCAGAGCCUCCGGCUAAUGAAACCAUUGAAAUUAAAGCUCCCCCACAUGUAGUGGCCUACAAACACUCUGAAAAUGCUAAUGAGAAGGACAAGGCUGCCCUAGUAUGUGUGAGCCAUGGAUACCCCCCGCCUACUGACUGGAGUUGGUACAAACUUGUUAAGGAUGGAAAGGAAGCCAUUUUCAAUGGCUCUGACAAGUAUGAGAUAAAGAAUACCCCCAACAAGACCACACUGUACGUACAAGAUCUGAACAUUGAAGAGGACAUGGGCACCUAUGAGUGCCUCGGCAUCAGUGAUGCGGGAAAAGCCCAGGAUCAGAUUCAGCUGCGUGUGCGCAGCCAGCUUGCCGCCCUGUGGCCAUUCCUCGGCAUUGUCGCUGAGGUCAUCAUCCUCGUCACCAUCAUCUUCAUCUACGAGAAGAAGAGAAAGCCUGACGAGAUCACUGACGAUGACGACUCAGGAGCUGCACCACUGAAGAGCAACGCAGCUACUAACCACAAAGACAAAAACGUCCGGCAAAGAAACUCCAACUGAGAGGAGGAGAAAAGGUGUCUUGAUGACUACUGCUGAAGACAUGCAGAGUAUUUUCGUUUGAGUAGCACAUUAUAGUGCACCCUGCGGUUCCUUAACCUUCUGCUUGAGUGUAAAUGUCUUGAGAUAUAAAUUGGUCUCCUUUUACUUUUUUGGUAUCUGUAAUGUGCUGCCAGCAGAUGUUUUUAAAGUGGUUCUGUGGGGGAAGGGGGGAAAUUGCAUGAUUGUAUCCGUGCUGUAGAAGUGUGUUUAGUGAAAAUCUCUUAAUGUGGGAAUUAACUUUUUUUU